UAAACGCCUCCUGGCUGUAACAGGCCAGGCGCAAUGCUCUCGAUAGUAACUGGCUAGCUAGUUAGCUACCAUUCAUCGAUAAGCAGAACCAGGUCAAUCCAGUCUGUACUUAGCCAAACCAGAUUCUUUUUCAAUUAAAAACGUAAUUAUACUGUGAGAAAGGUUGAGAUUUUACGUUUCGCGGUUUCCUGCGUCAAUAUUAUUAAGAGAACGUUUGGCAAGCGUGUUAGCUUAGCCUGCUGAAAACUACCUGGCGCGUACCGUAGCUACAUACCGUAGCACGCUAGUGGUUGCUGUGUGUAACCAAACCUGCCGCCAAAUACUCCUCCAAAACAUUACUGGGGCACUGAAACGUAACGUUACGGAAUCGAGAUCUGCAGAAUGGCGAGACCUUCGAGGAAUAAGAGGGUAGUUGAUUAUGCCCAGUUUCAAGAGUCUGAUGAUGCUGAUGAGGAAUAUGAAGGAGAUUCUGAAAGACCCAAGAAGGCAACGAAACAGAGUGAUGAGCCCCGCAUUAAAGACCAUAAGAAGGAUUUCAGCGAUGAUGAUAAUGACUAUGGUGAGGAGGAAGAGGACGACGACGGUGGGGACAGUGACUAUGAGACUAAAAAAAUAAGCAAGGGAAGGCAGGCAACUGCUAAAAGGAAAAGACCUGCAGAUGACAGUGAUGAUGACGAGAAGGUUGUGAGGAAGAAGGGUCGGCAGGUGCGUCAGGCAGCAAGUAAAGCAGCAUCCAAACAGAGAGAGAUUCUUCUCGGGGAUGGAGGCAGUGAAGAAGAGGAGGGGGAGGAAGAGGAAGAUGAAGAUGACAGUGAUGUUUAUACAGGAGAGGAUUCAGGCAGCGAUGAGGAUUUUAUGGUGGAAGAUGAUGAUGAUGACAGCGAUUAUGGGCGGCCCAAAAGAAGGAACUCAAAGGUCAGCAGGCGGAGCAAAGACAAGAAAUCCCCGAAAUCAAGAAUAAGAACCUCAGUGAGCAGGGGCCCAAAAAAGAAGAGAGGAAAACGUCAGACUAAGGCAAAGAAGGUUGUAUCCAAAAAAGUCGUCCCUAAAGGCGAAGACGAAGACAUCGAGAGCCCCAGGGAGGGAGAGGAGGAGGAAGAAGAGCAGAAGAAGAAAAAAGAUGGGCAGGACAAGAAGAAAGCCGAGAAGAAAAAAUCACCCCCACCCGAGAAGGCUGAAGACAGUGCUGGAGAAGGGGAGGACAACGAUGGAGAGGAAAAAGACGGGAGAGAGAGCGAGAAGGAGAAAGAGGAAAAGGACGAUGCCUCUGAGGAGGAUGCUCCAUCAGGUGAAGACUGAUUGUCUUCCUUCUGAUGGCAGAAAAAUAUUUUACCCGUUUUUCGUCAUUUUCUUAUUGUGGAACAGUGGAGUUUACUUUCCACACUGCUCCAGGUGUUUUGGAUGUUUGUUUAUUGCUUUCAUUCUGUAAAUACAAUAUUUCAGAUGAACUCUGUGAAGUAUCAUCCACACUAUUUGCAAACAGUAUCGCUAAAGUAUCUGCACCACUUUUCUCUAUAUCCAGCUUAUGGUAAUCUGUAUUAAUGUUGAGCAUUGCUUAAUGAACUUUUUGCUAAUUUAGUCUUUAUUCAGUUACAAAUGAAAGUGGUGGAACAUUUAUUACACCACUAAGAUAUGUUUGAUGUUGCUAAUUGAUGAACAUUUUUAUGGCAGAUUUUAUUUUGUUAAAGGUCCAGUGUUACAACCUCUCAAAGUGUGUAAUUACACAUCCCACAAUUGGAUGUUCAAUUGCUUAAAUGCUGGGAAUUUAACGCCUGAAGCAAAAUGCAGGAAUCAUCACUUAAGCAGAACUUUGUUAAAUGAUCUCACUCUGUUAAAUGCUUUUCAUACUUGUGGGCAGGUUCGUCUCUUGUUAAAUGAAUGUGUAAGACUUCGUCUUGUUAUCAAGUUGCUCUGUGGAUUUGUAGAGUACCAAAAUAGCCACAGUUUCAGUUGAGUUUCAACAUUUUUCAUGAAAAUGGAAAGUUUCAUCAUAGACCACCACUUUCUCUUAUAAUUCAGGCUUUUUCUCCGCUAGUUGAGUGUAAACAGAAAUGUUUGUUUUUUUCACCAAGCCUCAAUGUUUCUGAUUUAUUUUCUUAAAAAUAUAAAUAUGUGAAAUCUUUUUGACUGCAAAUAGAACCAUAUUUUAUAACCAAUUUCAAAUAAGUUUUGCAAAAAGCUUGUGUGCUGGAAAAGAAUAGAAGGUUAUACAUUACCCUGUACAUUCUCUACCAGUAAAAAAAAAAAAAGACGUUAAAAGAUGUUAACAUUAAAAGAUGCUUUUAAAAAAUGUUUUGCUUCGAACAUUUCUGCAGCCUAAACUUAGCCUCUUAGCCUAUAAUUGCAUUGUAGUACCACAGUUCAUGGAGUGGCAUUAUGUGUGUUGUGAGUUAUGUUUAGAUGGUGUGAAAGGAAUGGUAGGGUGUAUGAUGAUUUUGGUAUAUGAAUGUCAGCAAGAUGUCAGAAGCGAGUUAGUAACAACCUUAUUAUUGACUUUGUGAUGCUUCAUACAUGUAUUUUUUAAGUAUUUUGAUGCUUCUAGAUGCCUUUCAGAUAAAUUAUCUGUGGAGCCAGUUGGGUGGUGAAGCAGAAUGUAGUUCAGUUUACACCAUCCUGAGCUUUCUCUGCUGUUUGUCUAUUUCCAUGACUUCUAUCUUUGUCCAGUUAUGUAGCCUUUCAAUCUAUGAUAAUUUAUCUAAAAUAACACUAAAAUAAUAAUAAAAAAAAUUAAUUGAGCUGAUCUGAUUUUUUUGAAUAUUUGUUUUACAAGGAAAAAUAAAAUGUAUCUUGCCUUUAAA